AAUGCUUAAUGCCUGGUGACCUUUGGAGCCGGACACACGCGGAGGGGACUCAGGGAGGUGGCACUGCCGGCUCCAGGCCCGGGUUGCCGGGCUGCUGCUGUCCCCAUCCCAGCUCCGUGUGUUUGCUCUCGUGGGGACAUCCCCGGUGCCACCCGUGCCCCGUCCGCGCUGUUACUCUGUAACCCUCCGCCUUAAUGUUUGACCGAAGCGGCGCGGGCGGCGGUGCCAGCCCUAAUUAAAGCAGUUAAUCGCUCAUCCCUCACCACCACCACACUCCCCGGUUUCACAACCCGCAGAGUAAAGUCCUCCCCAGCACAAUAUAAACCACCGCGUGGUGACAUCCCCGCACUGCCCAGGAUGGGGACCCGCUCGGGAGAACUGCCCCAGCCCCAGGUGACCGCGGCUCCCACCCCGACCCCUUCAGCUGCCCCCAUUGGGCGCUGGGGACGGGGCAGGUGGGGAGGGGCACAGCGCCUCUGGGUGGCAAAGGGUGGGGGGGGCUUGGGGGGGCGAGGCCCAGGGGACACACUGGGGCCGUGGUGGGAUGCUGUGGCUGGGGCAUGGCACCCAUGGGGGGCUACAGUUGCUCCGGGGACAGUGGGGACCCCACCACCGUGCACUGGGUCCCCCUGGGGCGGCACCCGAGGGCCCGGAUCCCGGCGGGGGUGGCCGGGCGGUGUCCCCACAUCCCCAGGAGGCCGCAGCCAGGUUCCCAUGGCACGCCCGGCACAACACCGAUCCACCCUCUGCCUCUCCCUGCUGCCAGGACGCCAGCCCGGCCCUCGCCCCCUCUGGCCCCCAGCGACCCCCGGGGGCGGGCAGGGGCCCCGCGGCGGACCCCGGCCCACCCCCAGCUCGGCGGCAGUUCGACAUGUUGUACCGGAUCGAGGACGUGCCCCCCUGGUACCUCUGCAUCCUGAUGGGCUUCCAGCACUACCUGACCUGCUUCAGCGGCACCAUCGCCGUGCCCUUCCUGCUGGCUGAGAGCCUGUGUGUGGGCAAGGACCAGCUGACCGUCAGCUACCUCAUCGGCACCAUCUUCACCUGCGUCGGCAUCACCACCCUCAUCCAGACCACCGUGGGCAUCAGGCUGCCGCUGUUCCAGGCGAGUGCUCUGGCCUUCCUGGUGCCCGCCAAGUCCAUCCUGGCGCUGGAGAAGUGGCGCUGCCCACCUGAAGAUCAGAUCUAUGGCAACUGGGUGCUGCCGCUCAACACCUCCCACAUCUGGCAGCCCCGCAUGCGGGAGAUCCAGGGGGCCAUCGUGGUGUCCAGCCUGGUGGAGGUGUUCAUCGGGCUGCUGGGGCUGCCUGGCGCGCUGCUCAGCUACAUCGGGCCGCUCACCGUCACCCCCACCGUCUCCCUCAUCGGCCUCUCCGUCUUCCAGGCUGCAGGCGAGCGGGCCGGCUCGCACUGGGGCAUCGCUGCGCUGUCCAUCGUCCUCAUCGUGCUCUUUGCGCAGUACCUGCGGAACAUCACCGUGCUCCUGCCCGGGUACCGCUGGGGCCGCGGCUUCGUCCUGCUGCGUGUGCAGAUCUUCAAGAUGUUCCCCAUCAUCCUGGCCAUCAUGGUGAUGUGGCUGCUCUGCUACGUGCUGACACGCACCGGCGUCUUCCCCAGCCACCCCGACGAGUACGGCUACAAGGCCCGGACGGAUGCACGCGGGGAGAUCCUCUCGGUGGCUCCCUGGUUCCGUUUCCCCUACCCCUGUCAGUGGGGGCUGCCCACGGUGACCUCAGCAGCUGUGCUGGGCAUGUUCAGUGCCACACUGGCUGGAAUCAUCGAGUCCAUCGGGGAUUACUAUUCCUGUGCACGGCUGUCAGGAGCACCCGCACCCCCAGUGCACGCCAUCAACAGGGGCAUUUUCACAGAAGGCAUCUCCUGCAUCAUCGCGGGGCUGAUGGGAACCGGCAACGGCUCCACCUCCUCCAGCCCCAACAUCGGGGUGCUGGGCAUCACCAAGGUGGGGAGCAGGAGGGUGAUUCAAUACGGCGCUGGGAUCAUGCUCAUCCUGGGCACCAUUGGCAAGUUCACUGCGCUGUUCGCCUCACUGCCCGACCCCAUCCUCGGUGGGAUGUUCUGCACGUUGUUUGGCAUGAUCACGGCCGUCGGGCUCUCCAACCUGCAAUUUGUUGACAUGAACUCUUCCCGCAACCUCUUCGUGCUGGGCUUCUCCAUGUUCUUUGGGCUGACACUGCCCAACUACCUGGACGCCCACCCCAAGGCCAUUAACACAGGCAUCCCUGAGCUGGAUCAGAUCCUGACGGUGCUGCUGACCACUGAGAUGUUUGUCGGGGGAAGCCUCGCCUUCCUCCUGGACAACACCAUCCCAGGGACGCAGGAGGAGCGGGGACUGGUGCAGUGGAAGGCGGGGGCACACGCAGACAGCACGGCCUCAGCUGACCUGAGGAGCUACGACUUCCCCUUUGGGAUGGGUGCAGUGAGGAGAAGCCGCUGGCUGCGGCACGUGCCCAUCUGCCCCCUAUUCACCGGCUUCACAUGGCGGGCAAAGAAGAGCCACACGGUGGAUGAUGGCACACAGGAUGGCACCGAUGGGAUGGCUGUCUGCACCAAGGUGUGACGGGGGAUGCAGAGGGGCUGAGCCAAGAGCUGGGCUCCCAACAGAGAGCACCGCCCGGGCUGCGAGCCCUCCCAUCCCAACACAGCGCUGGGGAAGGCAUUGCCUGUGGGAAUGCUAUGGCUUGGUUUAGCGUGGGGCUGCAGUGACAGCGGGGCUCCCAGGCGCUGGCCCACGCUGCCUUGAGCUCCAAGCCCUGCUGCAGCUCAGCUUCCAUCGAGGCGCUGGGAGCACCAGCACCAGGUUGUGCCAUGCCCUUGGCUUCUGCAGGGCUGCACAGCGGAUGCAGCUGGUGCUGUGCUGGGUCCAGCAUUCAGAGCAGUCCGUUUUAAGGUUAUGCAUUAAAAAAAACCCAAACCCACGGCCCCUGUCA